AUGUCCAGCAAAGAAGGAGUUGUGCUGCAAAAGGAUGUUCCAUGGAGGGCAUCCCCUUCUGUCAAACCUAUCGAGGUGCCAAGGCAAGGGCGCAUAGGCGAGAAGGCAGACGCCAAGGCAGGAUCAAGGCUUGGAGAUGUUUUGGGUCAUCUAUGGGCGAGGCCAGGCAUUAAAGGGGAUGACAACGAUGCUAAGCUAUUAGGCGGUGUCAUGGAAAGCGUUGGCGCCAUUAAGUGCCUGGGUAACACGGAGGAAGAAGGAGAGGUGUUGGGCGGGGCCCAUAUCACGAGUAGGGGUGACGUCAAAUGUCUUGGAACAAGCGGCGCCCAUGACGUAGAUGAGGGCGGCGACAUUUGCAGUGGAGGAAGACUAGGCAACACCCUGGGAGCCAGCAACGUGUUGGGCAGCACCAAAUGCAGGGCUCCAUGUCUAGGUGACGUCAGGGCUGGUCUGGCCACAUCUGGACGAUGCCUGGGCAUUUCUGGGCGGCGCCUGAGCUGGUCUAGCACGUCUAGACGACGUCAUGGUUUGGCAUGGAAUGGUAUAGGUGACACCAGGGAUGGCGCUGACGCUGGUGCUGGUGCUGAUGUAGACGCUGGGAUAUGA